UGUGAACUUGAGAUGGAUAACGGAAUAAGUCGAGUGCAAGAUGCUUUGCCACGUUUGUAUUUCCUGGCUGCUGGAGGAACAGCCGUGGGCACUGGUCUCAAUACAAGAAUUGGAUUUGCUGAGAAAGUGGCCAAGAAAGUAUCUGAUUUAACCGGAUUACCAUUCCAAUCAGCACCGAACAAAUUCGAAGCUCUUGCUGCUCAUGAUGCGAUGGUUGAGAUGCACGGAGCACUGAAUACGAUAGCAGUCAGUCUGAUGAAGAUCGCGAACGAUAUCCGCUUCCUUGGCUCAGGUCCUCGAUGUGGUCUUGGCGAGUUGUCGUUACCCGAGAAUGAGCCUGGAAGCUCGAUUAUGCCCGGUAAAGUAAACCCCACUCAGUGUGAGGCUCUCACUAUGGUUGCUGCACAAGUGUUUGGUAAUCAG